AUGCGAUUGGAAAGGGAGGCGCGCAAUUACCUCCACGAAUAUGGUGCUUUGCCGCGCCGCGUAGCCGUCUGCGAUUUCACCAUCUGCGCGUCGCUGUGCUUCGAUUAUGAUUGGGAAUGGUUCCGCACCCAGCAGCGCGUCUGGAGAUUGCUCGAAUCGUACAGGACCGGAGAAGCCCAUCAUUUCCUUGGCUGGGACGAU